UGUUGAUCUAUUCGAAACGUUGAAGGCAUUCGAUUACUGCCCAAGCCGAUAGCAAAAUGGUCACAUCAGCAUGUAAAAAUAUAUAUUUUUAGCCAUCCCCAAGUUUUUCGAAGAACAAAAAGAACGGCAGGACAAGGCAGCAGUUUCAAUUUCAUUCCUAAUUUAUUGUAAAAGUAGUAAGCAACCAGAAGAACACACGGCAAACAAUGCCUUCGGCUGCUACCACAUUCACCAACACCAACAACAAUAGCAAGGAGAAACGCGCCUCGGUCAGCUCCAUUGGUGCUAGCAGCGUCGUCGGCGGCGGCGUGGGUGGUGGCGGCUGCAACAAUGGUAACGCGAGCAACGGACAGCAUAGCAGUAAUACCAAUCUUGCUGACUGUGCCAAGGCUGUUGUGGGAACGGGAACAGCACCAGGCAGCGGAAGUAGCCAAACUGAUUUAACCAACAACAACAACAUUAACGUCAAUGCCAAAGCGUUGAAGCUGUCGGCUGCGUCUGCUACCGCGGCUACCGAGCCGUACAACCUGAUGAAGCAAAUUAUGGUAACCAUUGAGCACAAAAUUCGCAAUUUGGAGAAGCGUAAGACCAAAUUGGAGUCGUAUCGCGCCAUUCAAGCUGGCGGCAAGGAACUGAGCGCCGAUCAAGCAGCGGCCGUAGCAAAAUACGAUUCAGUCCUCGCAACUCUUGAAUUUGCUCGAGACUACUCCAAGCAAACGCAGCUGAUGUUUAAGGAAGCAGAAAAGGAACAGAAGAAACAAGCACGCAAGGAUAACCAGGCUAAAACGUUGGCAGAGACUGCCAAGAUACGUGAAGUCUUGGUCAUGCAAAACGUUCUCAGCUGCUUCAACGAUGAGCAGGUGCGCAAUGAUUUCGUGGCUGGGGAAAACGGUGCCUGCAAACUGGAGAUCAACGAUUUGGAAGUGCUCGAAAAAUUCUGCAUGGAUGUGCAAACACGUCGACCGGAGACUGCUGAGGACAUAAGUUUCCUGACAACCGCUCAAAAAGCAGCCGAACUCUUUGCUAUGACCAUCAAUGCUCGGGCUAAACCGUACGGUGAGAUGACAUUUGAGAAGCUCCGUGCGCUCUUCCAACAGAUUCAGGACAGUGGCUAUUUGGACAAGUACUAUUUGAUUCCACUAACGGAACAGAAUGUGCAGGGCAACUGCACAGACAGCGGCACGGUUAGCGGUGAGGGCGAGACACUGCUUAAUGAUGUGGCAGGCAUUGCAGGUGAUCACGAUGUGCCUAUGUCGGAACCCUCAGCCCAUAAUUCGCUGGAGGAGGGCUUGGACAAGCUGACCACUGCCGAGGCGGGAACUGGGCUGCCUGAACUGCAGCAACAGGAACGAGGUCAUCUGUUGCUUGAGCCGCAACAUCAGCGUGCGCCCAUUGUCGAUCAGCAGCAGCAACAGCAGCAGCAGUUGCUGGUGCAACAGCAGCAACAGUCGGGUGUUUAUAAUGCUGCUUCAGCAACUGCAGCUGCAGGCAAUACAACGCCUGUACACGUUAUGUACGCAUCAGCGCCGCCUCAAGCAACGCAUGUGCCGCCGCCGGUUCAGCAUCCACAUCAGUUGCUCAGCAGCCCCGUGAAUCUCCAGGCCUUGCACGGUGUGCCGCAGUCGCAGCCGCCCCAGGCGGGCGUUGCCGCUGCGCCAUCAGUGCCUACGCAGCAGCAGCAGCAACAACAGCAGCAGCCGCAACACUUUGGACCGACUACAGUGCGCGCUGUGGAGCACAAUUAUUUCAAACAGCCGCCGCUGCAACCACCGCAGCCAACUGCUUCUCUGCAGGCGCCCACGCCCCAACAGCAGCAACAGUUUAUGCAGCAGCUGCGUCCGCUGGCUGAGGUUCUAGGCACCGGCAGCUUCCACUUUCUGCAGGACAGCGAAUUGGACGCUCCGGAUGUGCUUCCGCCACAGCAGCAACAACAGCAACAGGCACCGCCACCGCAACAACUACAGGUGCAAGGCUUGGUCUUUGAGCAGCAACAGCAGCAGAAUCAUGUAGAUGAACCCCAAACCAUUACAACCCUGACCUUUACCAAUCAGUCCUUCCCGUCCUUGCAGCAGCCUCAGCAGCCACCGUCACAGCCACCACCACAGCAACAGCAGCUUUUCUCUCCUGUGCUGAUCCACGAUCAGCAGCGCCAGCAGCAGCAGCAGCCACCGAUGCUUAUCAUGGCACGCUUGGCGACACAGCAGCAGCAACAACAGCAACAGCAGCCUCCACAACCUCCUCAGGGUAUAGGCAUGCAACCAGGCGAUGUGACUGCCGGAUUUCCAUAUGACGCCGCAGUUGUCAGCUAUGAGCAGCAACUGCAGCAGCAAUUGGGACUCAAGUCACAGCAACAGAAACAACAGAUUGAGGAACAGCAACAGCAGCAGCAUCCGUUGCAACAGCAACCUGCCAAUGAUGUGGAUGGUAAUGAGUGGCAUGCACGUGGAGGCGUGAAUGAUACCAAUGCAGCUGCCACAGCCGCAUUAACCAAUGUGCUGAAGACGCAAUCAUCGGCGCUGGCCGAGCAAGCAACGCCAACAUCCGGAAAUAAAUGGAGCACUGAAAUGAAUGCGAUGAGUAGCGCUGCCUCAAAUGGCAGUAAUAGCAGCAACAGCAACAAGCAGGAGUGGGCCACACCACGCGACAACAGCAGCGGUCGCGGUGGCUAUGUUAAUGAAAACGACAGCGGCAACAAUCAUUGGAACUCCUCACAGCAGGACAGUGGCAACCAGAUGCGUCGCAAUUCCGGAAACUAUCAGCAGCGCCGCAAUGGAGGCGGUGGUGAUGAUCGUGGUCGUAACGGCGGCGGCAACUAUCGCACACGACAAUAUGGUAACUCCUCAGCCCAGCAGAAUGGACGCAAUAGCGGAGUCUAUUUCCGCAAUAACGAGUCGAGCGGGGGCGGUGGCGGUGGCGGUGGAAGCAGCGGCGGGGGCGGUGGUGGCGGCGGCAACUACUACCAAAAUGGUGGUGGUGGUGUUUAUAAUAAAGAGUCGCGUUAUGAUUCCGCAGGCGGCGGUUCCUAUCGAAGCCAGCGUGGUGGCAAUCAGCGUAAUGGCAAUGGAUCGUUUGGACGGCCGAUGGGUGAUCGCGGACGCAACACGGGCGGCGGAGGGCCCGGCAACGGUAGCGGAGGCUACAUCAAUCAGCGUCAAUCACAACAGCAACGCAUGCCGCUGAGCUUGGAAAAUAAAAAUUAAACAGUGAAAAGCGUGGGAAAAGCGACGGUGCAGCUGUUUGGCCGUGGCACAUGUAUUAACAAAAAGCUCCUCUCAUACACUCAUACACAUACACAACGCAUAUAUAAGCAUUACGCAUCAUCAGUACACACACAAACG